AUUUUUAUCAAAAAUUCAGUACGACUUUUAUUUUUUGAAUUUUUUAUUCUAGUUCAUGUUGAAAUUUACUGAUUGUUGAUUAAUUAACUGGUUUGUUAAAUUCGUGAUUUCUUCAUCGUUAAUUUCCACUUCCGAACAAUUAAUAAACCUGUGAAACAACAGUGAGAAGUUGACGUUUAUGGAGUAACCAAAGUCCCUUAUCUUCCGGAUGUAAGCUUUUGAUUUUCAACAUUUCUGAAUGCUUUGUGUGUUUAAAAUACGAAUAUGUUCAAGUUCACUAUUCAGUAAAGCUCUCAAACUCACUAGAAAUUUCAUCCCAAGUUGGAAUUUUCAUCGUUGCUUGAUAAGUUUACCCAGGUGUUUGAUAUCCUGUUAUAUCUAUCAAUGUAAAUACUACAUAAAUCCGCUAAAACGAUGGCUAAUUACGUGGAUUUCCUUACCUGUGAAAUUCACCUCAUUUAUGUAUGAUUCGCACGUUCUACUUACAAUCAAUGCUCGUAAUGGAUCAUCGAGAAGAGAACUAUUCUACUUUAUUGAACCAACUGAAAAUCACGGUGGAAAAUCUAUUAUCUCGUAAUCCUGAUAACUUGUGGGAAGUUCAUGAAAGUCUGCAUCGAUUGCAUAUUGCCAUAGUUGAUAUAUUCAAGCAUGGAUUCAGAUUUUUCAAAGAUAAUGGUGAACCGGAUUUAUGGGUGUUUAUUCAAGGCUUGAGUUGGCUACAGCCUGCUUUAGCUGCUUCGCCAUCAUUUUUAGGUAUUGGAACCCACGCAUCACCUAUCCGCUCACCUAUUCGUACUACAGAUAAGGCUAUCACUUGGCUGUACAGAAGCAUUGAAAAUUACACACUAUCCGAAAAAUUGUCAUGGUUGCUCUCAGAUCAUGAACAUUUACUGUCGUGCUAUAAAUCAACAGCUUAUUUACGCCAAGUUCAAUAUAGCGAAGCUACGCUAAUUUGCUUAAAAGCCGUAGAACAACGUCAGUUCUCUUUGCUCGCAAAAAUCGAUUCAACUUUGUAUACGAGAAAGAAAUCCAAUCAUCGUAGAAGUUUAUCGUAUCCUGAACCGAAACUCGAUGAUGCUUCGUGGUCAGUUAAGAAACCCUUAGUAGCUGUGAAAGAAUCGGUUGAACAAUUACCACAACCUGUUGAUCAAGUAGACGCACCUCACGAGCAUGUGCAAGCACCAUCGUUAAAAUUACCGAAUGAAAAAUUCAUUAAUUCGGCUUUCAAAGCGACUGAAGAUGAAAAAAACACGAAACACUUCAUUAGGCAAAAUUUACUUAAAAAGUAUUUCAGUUCUUCCGAUUUGUAUUUAAUGCAUUAUAAGGAGAAGUAUAGGAUAUCGUUUUUGAAAAACGUGACUCGUGUUUCUCGAAUGAGACGAAAUAGCUUUUCACAGUCUUCCUUUUCUGAAGAAAAUACUUCUAACGAUAAAGAAUUAUUAUCCGAUUUACUUAAAGUCAGGUACGAUAAACCAGAAAAAAAUCUAACCAAAGAGAAAAGCCAUUCAUUACCCAUCACAUUGCGCCGAAAUUCAGACACAUCAAAUAACUCGAGUUAUACAAACUUACUGGAAACUAAUUCUGAAAGUACUCCUAAACACAAGCGGCGAAGAAGGUCGUCAUUUUUCAAGUUACCGUUUCGAAUAUGGGAAGAAUCAGAUGAUGAAAGCCCCAGCAUGUGUUCCGAAGAUACGAAAACUUUAGUCAACCCAUCGCCUAAACUUACUCGAAGGAAAAGUUUCAUAGAAAAUGGAGGCAAUAUUACUCUACCUUUAUGUGUUGGAAGUUUCACCAAACCGUCCCCUGGGCAAAGUAUCAUGAGUUUUUUGUCUUCUGGUGUUUUUACCAAUACUUACGCGGAACUGGAUCGAGAAAACGCCCAUUUCCAUGUAUCCGAAGCUUUGAUUGCUGCCUUGGAACAAGCGAAAUUCAAUCAACAAUUGAACGUAGUUGCCGAUGAAAUGCUCGAAGAAAGUGACGAAGAAAUUAAUCAGCUCAAGAGAAUUAUUCGUAUACGUCGUCGACAGAAACAAAAAGAAAAACAUUUCGUUCACGCCAGGAAUAUCGUAUCACCUGAAACAACGGAUGCCACCAUAACAACUGAUCAAAGCGUCAAUUCGCUGUCUUCAUCUGUCUAUUCAACUUCAGAAAGUAUCUCCACCGAUUUCGAAGAUGAAGAGAAUGCCAAAGAAAACAGUCCACUGAAUAAAUGCUCGGGUUUAUCGGUUUCCAAAUCUUCCGUAUUUUCGGAUAGUUCAAAAAUAGGCAACAACGAUCCAAGUUUAUCACUUUCGGCUGAAAAUGUAGCGAUCUCGUUGCUUCGAAGAUUCAAAGAUAACCAGUUACCAGCAGCUUCUGAAAUCGAGUGGUUGGUUUCCGAAGGCGAUGCUCCUCAGAAGAUUUUACCCCUUCCUAAUCAUUUACUCAUCGGCGAUGACGGCGAUGAGCAAAGUUUGGAUAAAUCGACGCUUUUACGAGGAACAUCGGAGUGGGCUCCUCCUAGACCACAGAUUAUAUUCACACCUCAUCCAGCACCUAUAAGGAAACAAAUGAUGGAGAAACAAUGUUACCGGUGUGCUGGUUGUGGAACUAAAGUAGCGCAAAAAUACGCCUCCAAAUUUCGAUACUGCGAAUACCUCGGGCGAUAUUUUUGCACAUCUUGUCAUACCGAACAAAUGGCUGUAAUACCAGGCAAAGUACUUUCCAAAUGGGAUUUCAAUAAAUACACCGUAUCAAAUUUUUCAUUCGACUUAUUAGACCAGAUGUUCACUGAUCCAUUAUUCAAUAUCAUGGAUUUAAAUCAAAUGCUUUAUCAUCGAGCUCGAGAUCUUCAAAAAGUUCGCCUUCUACGAGUCUCCUUAUUUUACAUCAAAGAUUUCAUAUUCUCGUGUAAAUAUGGUCAAAGAUCUCAAGAAAUGCUGAAAAGUGUACCGUCGCAUAUUUACAACGAUCCAGAUAAUUAUUCGUUGAAAGAUCUCAUAGAUGUGAAAAGCAACAAACUGAAAAAAAUAUUACUCGAUAUAUCGAAAACGUGCGAAAAUCACGUAAGUCAAUGCGAAUUAUGCCACGCUCGAGGAUUCAUGUGCGAAAUAUGUUCCAAACAAGAGAUCAUUUUCCCUUGGCAAAUCAACGCUGUUGUUCGAUGUAUCAAAUGUGGUUCUUGUCAUCAUAUCAGAUGUUAUAAUCAGAAGAAAAUUUGCCCUAAAUGUGUACGAAUUAAUAAUCGCAAUGAUUUCAAUAGAAACGAUAAUCUCAACGAACGCGUUUCUUGACAGGAACUAAACGAAAAAUUCAAAUUCGGUAUAUCGAAUUUGAAAUCAAUCUUUAGUGAUAAUAUUCCUUUUUGGAGGAAACCAUCAUUUUGAAUUUAUUUUCGUCCUUUCUAUUUUUCAUGUUAUAGAAGCCAUAGCUCAUUUAUUUUCAUUCGUAUUUUUUGUUAGUCAUUUUAUUACGUCACUGUUUUAAUAUUAAGGUAUUAAUAUCACUUCGAUACUUACGCUGUGAAAAGUUUUCAAUAUAAUUCGUUGAUUGUGAAA